AUGGCGUCACCGAUCAUCAACUCGUGUGUUGGUUGGCAUGCUAUCCAGGUGGGGUGGGUGAGAUGCGGUGUGGAUGCUGCAUUUUUUGAGCAUGAUAAGUCUAUGGGCAUUGGAAUGGUGGUACGAGACCAUGCAGGUGAGUUUGUGAUAGAAAAGUUGAUGAAGGUGCGGGGGAGUAGGGACGUUGCGGAAGGUGAACUCAUGGGCAUAAAUGAGGCGUUGUCUUGGCUUAAGUCCCUUGGGUAUGAGCAUGGUUGGAUUGAUUGCGAUAGCAAGAUAGCUUGUGAUGCUGUUUUGAAGGGAGUGGGCUUUAUCAAUGAGCGAGGCGUCCUUGCCGACUAUUGUCGACGUGAGCUUUCGACCAUGCCGGGUGUCCAAGUUUGCAAUGUUCGUCGUUCUAGAAACGCUAUAGCACACUGCUUAGCCAAAGCUGCGAGAGAUAUCUCUACGUUACAUGUUUGGAAUGAACCCUCGUCGUUUGUGGAGGGUCAUCUCCAUGUUCCAUGUUCGUGUGGUUAA